AAGAACAGCAGGAAGCUCUUCGACAACAAGUGCCAGUCACUACUUGAAGUUGCCAAGACUGACACAUACACCAGUGGCAAAGCCUUCAGCACGCAGCUGACAAGUGAAGAGAAACAUGCCAAGACAUUCUCUGAUGGAAUGUGGGGCUCAGUUACCAGGCUGCAUUUGGUCCAUACUCUCAAGCUUGCACAGCACUCCUGGCAUGAGAUAGCCACCAAGGCAAUCUCUUUAUCAUGA